GGUGGCGAAUUCCAUUCGGAGAGUGUUCAUCGCGGAAGUGCCCAUCAUAGCCAUCGACUGGGUGCAGAUAGAUGCCAACUCCUCUGUCCUCCAUGAUGAAUUCAUUGCACACAGGCUAGGUCUCAUCCCACUCACCAGUGAUGACAUUGUGGAUAAGAUGCAAUAUUCCAGAGACUGCACGUGUGAUGAGUUCUGCCCAGAGUGCUCUGUAGAGUUCACCCUGGAUGUCCGGUGUAAUGAAGACCAGACUCGUCACGUCACAUCCCGUGAUCUCAUCUCCAACAACCCCCGGGUCAUACCGGUAACAUCUCGGAGCAGAGACAACGACCCCAAUGACUAUGUGGAGCAGGAUGACAUCCUCAUUGUGAAGCUGCGGAAGGGCCAGGAGCUGAGGCUGCGAGCCUAUGCCAAGAAGGGCUUUGGCAAGGAGCAUGCCAAGUGGAACCCCACAGCCGGUGUCGCCUUUGAGUACGACCCAGACAACGCACUGAGGCACACUGUGUACCCCAAACCAGAAGAGUG